AUGAGUCCCUGGUAUUACGAUGAGGUGUCCGCUGCGCAGGCACAGAUGGUGUGCUCCAAAGCAACGGCUCUCGUUGGCUGCCCACCGAUGAGUUCCUCGGGGGCUUUGACGCUUUUGACCGGAGUCAACUGCGACGGAUGCCUGCCGACUUCGCCUUUGCCGAUCUUGUCUGAGAAAUUGACGGUGUUCCCUCCGACGAAAUCUCCCCGUCUGAGCAAACAGCAUCUCGUGGAGGAACAGAUCUCAUCAGCCGGGGACAACGCUCCGUUCGAUUCAGCUGGAGUUCAUCUCGAAGAUCCCAAAUCGCAGAACACAGUCGAGGAGAAUCUCACAACACACAGUACUCCGAUCAAAAAGUUCAUCUACCAAUGCCUUGAAGAAGCCUGCAGCUUCAAGUCCAUUCACAGAGAGCGCUUCAUCAUUCACUUGAGAUGUCUGCACCACAUCGAGGUGGACGAACGAAUGCUCGAGUUUCCGGACUGGACCAAGUUCCAGCAAUGGAAAAUGUCGCUUGAAGCUGAGACCCGUGCGGAAUUCGUUAAGCCCUAUCCGUGUCACAGAGUGCAAUAUUAUCAGAAUCAGAAUCUCGAAUCGCAAGUUUUCCAUUGCGCUUGGUUAGAGAGAUCCAAACAGUUUGAUUCGAGCAGGUAAGUCAACCAUGGAGCGUGGAAACCUUGUAUUGGCCAUAUGAUCGCGCGGCGUAGCGUGCAUACCGGAAAGGUCUCCGUGUAUUGUAUACUAUCUCACUACGGCCAUGCAUCCAACCUCGAUAUUGACGUCGCGAUACCACAGGGCCGUCGAGCUUCAGUAGCGCCGAGAAACAAGAAGAUGUCAUCCGCAGAAGCGCCCUCUCUCGGUCAAAAAUCAAAUUCCGCUGUCAACUCGGAUAACUUUGCCGGAGAUGAUCAAUCGAUGGUUGUGCAGGAACGGAACGCUUCGCCGAAAUGUUCGGCCAGGAGCCAUGUGACUUUGUUGGUCAAUCGGGAUACUUCAGCGACCGCAUUCUCGUCAGUGAGAGAUAUGUCAGUCAGUCUUCAGUUCUUGCACAGCAGCCCUGAAGAUCAGAACGAAAGCUCGCGGAUAAUAAAGGUUGUUCGACCCGUAACGUUCGAGAACACAUUCCCAACUCAACGGGACUCCGAUUUCGAGGUGGAUAGCGAUUUCUCUAUCGAGAGCUCCGAAGACGAACGUGAGAGCCCACGCUUCAAGUCCGUGCUCCGGGUUGUGCGGAAAGAUGGAAAAAUCAUUCACGAGAGGACCAAAGUACUGUUGGCUGAUGUGAGUCUGCAUAAUGAACCAGCUCCUUUGCGACGCGCGAGAUCGAUCUCCCGAUUCCAGUGUAUCGAUUGUGCCUCGCAAGGCUCAGGAUUUACCACAUCGAAGCGCUUGGCGUUCGUGCGUCACCUCAUGGAGAAGCACACCGUGAAGCCAGAAGAAAAUAUUUACGUGUUCAACACAUUCUCCAAAUUCGUAGCUUUCAAAACUCGUAUGGAAAGUAAACUGAAGUGUGCAUUUGUCCUCCGCCGGAAGUGUGGGAAGGAGUGGUUCUUCGAAUGUUCCCGAUCGGGUCGAUACCGAAUCGAGAAAGGUGCCGUAAAGGCCAAGACCCGCUGCACAGCAAGGAUCAUCGCGUCGACUAAACGAGACGGUUUAUGGGAGGCUAAAGUCUGCGCUUCGCAUUACGGACACGAAGACGAGAUCGGCAGGAUAAAUGUUUCGAAACGUCAUGCAUCAAAAAUCGCUCAGCUGGCCGCAUCGAGAUCCUCACGGGACAUAUUCCAAAUCAUGGUGGCUUCGGGCGCCAAGCAGCUGACUCGCGAUGCGGUCAAAUCCGUUGUGGGCUUCAUGCGGGCUCACGAGGGCCGCUUCGACUACAAGGCCUGGCAACGUGAAGUUCUCGACAGCGCUGUCCAGUCCGGGAGUUCUCCGGCGAAGGACGACGACGGACUCCGCCGAUCCGUUCAGAGUAUCCUGCGCAGCGACGCGAAACUCCAACAGAGACUCAUUGAGGGGCUCCCGGAGCUCCUCGUUCCGAACGCUAUCCGUUCGGGAUGUGAUAACGUGGGCUUGGGAGCGGAUUUCGUCGCCGUCGACCAACUGGGUGAUUCCGUAGUCCCCAGUUUGGGGCAUCUACCCCCAAUGUUGAGACGACCCCUGAAUCUCCUCGAAGGCGACGACAGCGAUUGGGAGGGCAGCGAUACCUCGGUCACAGGCAGCGAAUGCGAUGAGGAUCUUUUCGAUCCGCGUAAAUCUCGUCAGGUCACUCAUCAUCAACCACCGCCGCCGCAGCAGCAGCAUCAUCUUCUUCACCGUAAUAAUCAUAAUCAUCAUCGGUAUGUCGCUGUCAACGACAACGUUGCGGUUUUGUCGAGCGCAACUGUCAAUCCCGAGGACGGUAUUCAGAGCGUAAGCGCCCGGGAUGUUUUGCGAGAAGCUCUGAGCACCCUGGCCGACGAGGAGGCCGAGGAGGGCAGGAUCGAAGACGGGAUCCAGGAUCAAGAUCUAGUCGAUGAGAGACUGGCCACGGCAGAAGCCGCGGACGACGAACGAGUAGAACGGCCCUGCGAGGAUCUGAUAGGCGAUAGGAUGGGCAACGUUCUCAUCGAAAACGAAGACGUAGCCACCAACCUACUCCGGAAAAUCUUUCACGACGCUUCGUCGAGUCGAGCCCAGGACGGAGACCACAACCACAGUUCAACAACCUCGUCCUCGAGCGCUACGAACAACAACAACACCAGCAGUAGCAACAACAACAAUAACAACAACGACGGCGAAGCCAGCAACGGGCGAUCCGAGAGCGACACUCAGGACGGCGAGUCGGAAAAGUCCGAAAACGAGUCCUCGACUGCCCAGGGCCAGGACGAGGGCUCGGCUUCGUCCAAAGAUAACAUUCACGCGAACAUCGGAAUCGCGAACAUCAUCGAAGCUCGACUCAAGGACACUCUUCAAUUGACCGACCAGGAGCAAAAGCUGAAGCGAAGCAUCGAAGAAGCUAUAUUCACGAAUCCUGUUCGGUACGAGAUGUCUCGAGGUCCGAGUCGACUCUCGCAGCAGCGGAGAGUGUCCACGAGCGAGGACGAUAGUUCAGAAGGCGAAAAGUCCGAGGGCGACAAAUCACCGAAAGUGGCCACCAAGUUCCACAAGGCGCUAGCUUCGGUGCGGAACAUCCAGAAGGAGAAAAACGAAACCCACAAACGGAAGAAUCCCGAGCCCGACUCCCAAGUGCCUUCGAAGGUCAAGGUCCUCGUCAUGGCGAAGCGGAACGAGGAGCCCUCCGAGGCCCAGAGAGCUCACGAUUAUCGAGAUAAGCUAAUGGGAACGCUCGCAGGGCCCUCGGUUGCGCGGCACGAUCCCAAAGCUCCGUCUCCAAGCGGUAGCACGCCUCACGGCAAGAAGAAACUUGCAGUGCAGGCUACCGAUCGAGGGAAUAAGAAAUAG